CGUGGUGGAUUCCUCUGGUUUGGGCGGUGGUGAUGAGGGUGUGGAUAAGCUGCUGGAUUCGACACUGAGGGAAGGCAGCGAGUGUUUGGGGUCUGGCGGUGGGAGAGUUUACACUGUUGUGGUGAUUGAGAGGGACGUUGCUGGAGAGAGUGUGCAGGUUGUGGUGGGGAAGCAUCGGCAUGCUUGGAUGGUGGGCAAGGUCUCGGAGCCCGGGGCGGUUUCGAUGAUUGGGAAGAUUUUUGUUGAGAUUUUCAUGAAUGGUGGGAAGAAAGUAGGGGAGAUGGGUAAAGGAGAGUUCAUGCCUGUCGGUGCUGAUGGGAGUGUUGUUCUUUCAUUCAGCCUGUUGAAUGCUGAUCCCAGCGACUGGGUUUAUUACUGGGAGCUGGAUUUGUUAUAUGGACAUCAUACAUGCUUCAAUCUGCUUUCAUGUGCCACCACACUUGAGCCUCUCUCUAAAUUAGUUCAAUCACUUCCAAGAAUGAUCAUUAUGGAUGAAAUAGGAAAGCAGGUAAAAUUUUCACUUGAAGCAGCAAGUCUAGCUCUGAGAAAUGCCUCUCUUGGAAUAUAUGAUGCUUCAGCUGUGUCCGCUAGGAAAGCUAGGGCUUUAGCAGAAGAUGCAUUUUUUCAUCCAUCCAUUAUGUCAAUCAGUUAUUCCUCCAUUGAGCACUACUUUGCGAUAUACAUGCCCUUUUUCGCUCCAGUUUCUUUGCAUGUGCUCCCAGCGGCUAUUAAAGAACUGAAACGAUACAAGAGAGAGCAAGCAAAAUACUUGACAUUUGCUGCUGACCAAGCCAGGGCAGCUUCUUAUUCAGCAACAUACGCUACUUUGCUGAAUGUGGUUUAUACUUGAGUGGCAGUGCUGUCACCAAGGGCCUUGGUUUGCAGCAUAGGGAGCACAUUUUUGUAUGCUGAAGUAAUCUUAGACCACAAUUUGAUUGGAUAACAGGGGUUCUGUUCACUGCUCAAGAUUCAGGAAGAAAAUCCCAAGCAUAUCCAACUGAUAGCUAAGGUUGGAUCCUUGGGGGUGAUAGCAAAAGAAUGUUUGAUUCCGUGAUCAGACUUGUACAACUGCAAAAUUGAAUGUGCUACUGUAAUUUCUGUGACAGUCAGGCUCUAAAUGUUUUUUAAACUAGGCCUGAAUGAUGCAUCUUUUUAUGUUUAUGUCGACAGUCAGUAGAGUUCGAUGCAAUUUGUUCCAAUGAAGGGUUGGACAUCAACUGUUUCCUUUUUGAUCCUGAAUGUUUUAUGAAAUUAUCCAUCUAUAUGGAAUGGAUUAGGGAA